CUUUCCCGGCGGUUCCCGCUGCCCCGGGAGCGGGAUGAGCCCCGGGACGGGGCACCUGGGGAGCGGGGUGUGAGCGGCGUGUGCUGCGGGUGAAGCUGCCUUCGGUCCCCGCGGAACAAGCCCAGGGAUUCUCCCGCCGCCGCCUCCUGCCAAGUUGAAGGCUGCGAUGUUUGCUCAUAGUCUCGUUCCUCCAGGGUCUCUCUUCUGCUCUGAAUACUGUCACUGCAAGGGGAAAUCUCGCUCUCUGUGCCUACGGGUUUUUCCUAGCCCUCUUUUCCAUGCCUUUCAGUGCAUUAGUGCUGCGGCUUCUUGUUGCGAGUCUUUACCGCACGCUGCAGAUCAGAGGGGCGGUGUACGAAUAACCCAGCAGAGCCGCCGUCCUGCCGCUGGCACGAGAGCUGAUUGAUGUCUGUGUGUCCUGGCUUAGAGGGAAGCUCUCUCCUUGCUGUGUGUUUUCUGGGACCCCUCUUGCCGGGACAGGUGUGUCCCGCUGGCUCGGGUAGGGGAGAGCUGGCGGUGCUGCGGGCACACAAUCAGCACGUGUGGCUGAUGCUGCUUUAUGCCCGCUAUUCUUCCCUGCCCAUCCUUUCUUUCUGCCCCACCUACCUGAGUCCCACUAGCUGGAGGCCCGCAGCUAUUCCCCUUGCACGACUUGCUCCUUCAAUUCACUGCCUCCCGUAUUUUUUAAUGGCUUGACUUUUCUGCUUUGAGAGGAGGCAGAUUCUGCUGCUCUUCCCAGCUGUUUUCCACUGUUUCCCACCUUCUCCUUGUUUUCUGGUGGUAGCAUCUGGGGACCCCAUCACUGCUACUGGAGCUGUGUGCACCUGAGAGCGAGGAAAGCACUGCUGCUCUAACACUGGCUCCUUGCCUUGUUUCCCCCAGCCAAACCCCAGGAGGAGUUAAAACCAAGUGAACACUUUCUGCAGUUGGCAGCUGCUGCAGUACCUACAGGCACAUUUUGUGAUUGGGGAAAAAAAAAAAAAAGAGCAGGAUGAAUGCUAUAAUUGUAAAUGGGAGAAGUGCUGGCUGAAAUUCCCCUUUAGAAAGUGAUCCCCACCAUAAAAAAUGGCUGACUAUUGAAGUAGUUGCCUUCUGCUGAUACUCGUGCCCUAUUUCUUGUUUUAGGAGGCACUUUUUAUACCUGUGUGGACUGUUGCUUCUACAAUUCUUCCUUUUAGCCAGUUGCUGGAAAUCUUCCUGAUUCCAUGUUUCAGCUUUCCUCUGCUGUGUGAAAAACUUGUGCUGAUGUCUUCUGCUGCCUGUAACUUUUCUUCCUCUUCUGUCUACGCUUCAUCUCCAGGACUUCUUCCUGUUGGUGUUUCCCUUUCUCUUCAUUUCCUCUUCUCUGAAGUUUCCACCUGGAUAUUUUGCUUCAGUGCUUUGAGAUGGCUGGCCAGAUGUGGAUGAGUGUGCCCUGGGGCUGGACGACUGCCACCCAGAUGCUAUUUGUCAGAACACCCCGAAGCUGUACAAGUGCAUGUGCAAAGUGGGCUACACUGGCGAAGGGAAGAAAUGUGAAGACAUUGAUGAAUGUGACAAUGACUUCAAUGGGGGCUGUGUCCACGAGUGUUUCAACAUUCCAGGGAAUUACCGCUGUACUUGCUACGAUGGCUUUAUGUUGGCUCACGAUGGCCACAACUGCCUGGACACAGACGAGUGCAUGUUCAACAACGGUGGCUGCCAGCACGUUUGUGUCAACACCGUGGGGAGCUACGAGUGCCGCUGCAAGGAAGGGUUCUUCCUCAGCGACAACCAGCAUACCUGCAUCCACCGCUCUGAAGAAGGCAUGAGCUGCAUGAACAAAGAUCAUGGCUGUGCCCACAUCUGCAGAGAAACGCCCAAAGGAGGAGUUGCCUGUGAAUGCCGACCAGGAUUUGAGCUGUCCAAGAACCAGAGGAGCUGCAUUUUGACGUGUAACCACGGGAACGGGGGCUGCCAGCACACGUGUGAUGAUGCUGAUGAUGGGCCUGUUUGUGGGUGUCACCCCAAAUACGUCAUGCACGUGGAUGGGAAAACCUGCCUGGAGAGGGAAGAGGCUGCUGUUGACAUUUCUGAGGGAAACACUACAGCAGCAGCUGAUGUGGACAAGAGAGUGAAGCGACGGUUGCUUAUGGAAACGUGUGCAGUGAACAACGGCGGCUGCGAUCGCACCUGUAAGGACACAUCCACCGGCGUCCACUGCAGCUGUCCCGUUGGAUUCACGCUCCAGUUUGAUGGCAAGACAUGCAAAGAUAUUGAUGAAUGCCAGUCCAAUAAUGGAGGCUGUGAUCAUUUCUGUAAAAACACUGUUGGCAGUUUUGAUUGCAGCUGCAGAAAAGGAUUUAAAUUAUUAACAGAUGAGAAGUCCUGUCAAGACAUUGACGAAUGCUCCUUCGAGCGGGCGUGCGACCACACGUGCAUCAAUCACCCCGGCACCUUCGAGUGCACUUGUAACAAAGGCUAUGCCCUGUAUGGCUUCACACACUGUGGAGAUAUUAAUGAAUGUAGCAUCAACAAUGGUGGUUGCCAGCAGCUGUGUGUGAACACUCUGGGAGACUAUGAAUGCCUGUGUCACUCUAACUACAAGCUGCACUGGAACAAAAAGGACUGUGUUGAGACAAAAGGUGCCUUGUCUGAUAAUGUGUCACCCAAGGUAUUGCUGCACUGCAUUAAGAGUGGUGGGAGUGAUAGAUGCUUUUUGAGCUGCUCUCCGGAUGUCCAGGUAUUCUCUGGAGCACAGGAUGCCUACACCCUCACCUGUGGCAGGUCCUCUCAACUUAAGAAAAAACAGCAAAAUGCAAAUGCUUCCAGCUGGCUGGAUGCUUCAGCCGUCAAGAUAAGCGUAACCUUUAAAUUAAAUGAAGGAAAAUGUAGUUUGAAAAAGACUGAGAUGUUUCAAGAAGGUCUGGAGCAGAUGAUACCAGAGAGACAAAAUUCAGUAAUGGAGAGCUUCCACUAUGUAAACGUAACGUGCAGCUCUGGCAAGAAAGCUCAUGGAGCCCUCAGUAGACUGACAGCGACUAGAGAGAUUUUUAUCACUGCAGACUUUGAGCUUGAAACAAGCCGGAAGGAGGUGACAGACACGUGUGAUGUGCGCUGUGCCCGGAAGAAGACGGAAAAGAGGUUCCGUAAAACCAUCCGAACCUUACGGAAGACGGUCAGCAGGGACCAGUUCCGCAUCCGCGUCUCUGGCACGGACCACGAGGUGGCCAGGAAGGCUCUCAAGCCAUCGGAGCCACAGCAGUCCUGUGGUGUGGGACAGGUGCAUCCAGGGAACAGAUGUGAUCAGUGCUCCCCAGGGGAAUAUUCUCCUGAUGGCUUCAAGCCCUGUCUGCCAUGUCCCCUUGGAACAUAUCAGCCUGAAGCUGGGAGAGUAUCCUGCUUUCCCUGUGGAGGAGGUCUAACAACAAGGCAUAGCGGGGCAUGCUUGUUUCAGGACUGUGAGACCAAAGUUCAGUGUUCUCCUGGCCAUUUUUACAACACCACAACUCACCGAUGUAUUCGCUGCGCAAUUGGGACAUACCAGCCUGAGUUUGGACAAAAUUACUGCAUUUCCUGCCCUGGAAACACCACUACUGAUUUCGAUGGGUCAACAAACAUAACACAGUGCAAAAACAGGCAGUGUGGAGGGGAACUGGGAGAUUACACUGGAUAUAUUGAAUCGCCCAACUAUCCUGGGGACUACCCUGCAAACACGGAGUGCACUUGGAAUAUCAACCCACCACCGAAGCGCCGCAUCCUGAUUGUGGUUCCAGAAAUAUUCCUGCCCAUAGAAGAUGAGUGUGGAGACUACCUGGUGAUGAGAAAAAGCUCUUCUUCCAACUCGGUGACCACAUAUGAGACCUGCCAGACCUACGAGCGCCCCAUAGCUUUCACUUCCAGGUCUAAGAAGCUGUGGAUCCAGUUCAAGUCGAAUGAAGGGAACAGUGCCAAAGGAUUCCAAGUUCCUUAUGUAACCUAUGACGAGGAUUACCAAGAACUCAUAGAAGACAUUGUUCGGGAUGGCAGACUUUAUGCAUCUGAAAAUCAUCAAGAAAUACUUAAGGACAAGAAGCUGAUAAAAGCAUUGUUUGACGUGUUGGCGCAUCCACAGAACUACUUCAAGUACACAGCCCAGGAGUCAAGAGAGAUGUUCCCAAGAUCCUUCAUUCGGCUGCUGCGCUCCAAAGUUUCCAGAUUUUUGAGGCCUUACAAAUAGUUGGCACUGUCCUCAAAAGCUAAACCAGCCCUGGGCAUGCACAGAGGGGCUGUGGUAGGUGGGGCUGCUUUCUGUGUUUUACACACUGGCAGAGACACUCCAGGGAAGCUCUCCAGCUCCGUUCUUGGCAGAGUUUGGCUUUCUCAGCUAAUAUAAAUAUUUUGGUGAACAGAAUUUUGAUUCCUUUCCAGAUAAUACCUUUUGGGUACCAAAGGGUACUUCACAGGUCCCUGAAUUGGAGACUGCCCAUGAUUUCUGUAAGUGAAUGGCGCCAAGCAUAAGUUUGUAGAGCUCUGUCCUGUUGCUUCAUCAGCACCUCUAAAAGCUAAUGAGGACAGGCUAAGUAGUGUGGUUUGGGAUGAACCCUGGGCUGCCAUUAGUGCAUAUUACCUCAACAAAGCUGAGUUCAUGUUUGAUCUCGCUGAAAGUGAGAACAGGAUUGAUGUCUCUCUCAACUUUUGCUACGCAGGAAAUUCAGAGCUAAGGUUGACACAGUUUUAAUUCAAGCCAGUGAGGCCAAGACAUGGACAAGGUGCAGUUUUCCUCAGAACUAUAUGUGGCAUGAAGCAAAGGGUUGAAUGUCAGCUUGAAUGUUCAGGGUCUGGCUCACACCAAGUCUAUGCUAAUGACCUAUUGGCUUACAUGGAGUGGUAAGAAUAAACUGGGGGUACCACAGCAAUGGAAAACAGGCCCUGACCCACCAGACACUUCCAUUUUGGGCUGUCUGCAACUGUUAGAACAGGUUGGAUUCUUUGCUAAAUCCCACUGUUGUCCCUGUGCAGAGGCCUGGGGCAGCAAAAGGCAUCUCCAAGUUGUAUAAAAUUCUGUCCUCUGAGCACCUGCAGGUGAACACAGAAGCCCCAUUUUAAGUGCAGGCUUUGCAUAGAUGGUGCUCUUGGUACAACACUGUUUAAAGCUGGAUAAGGUUCUUGUAUGAGCCUCAGUUGUUAUAUUAUCUACCUUUUCUGAACACCUUGCAAUGGCCUCAUUGAGCAGAGAAGAGCUGCUGUCCCUGUCUGGCUGGAGAGAAGGAGAGGUACAACUCAGCCAGCCUGUUGCCACAAAGGUUGUCUCUGGCAAAUUAUUCUUCAGGAUUCCCAGACUCUGUGUUCUUCUCCUCAGGCUGUGUUUCCUGUUGGAGACCAGGCUCUCCUGAGAGGGCCUGUAGGGAGAGCUGUGUUGAUCAAAAUGUUGCCUCAGUGCUAUUCUGUCCAUACUUGCAUGUCCUGUGGCCAUACAAUCCAUUGUCUCAGAGUGAUGUACCUUGGGGACCUUCUGCCUUGAAGGGAGAUUACCACAAUCCCAUCCACUUGGAAAUGGACUUAAUGACUUCUGUCUUUUGGUCACUGGCAAUGCCAAGGGGUGCAGUGGGCACCAAACUCCCUCUCUGUGCCAUCUUAAGAAAGGUAUUUACAUUUCACAGGGUAGCCAGGACAAAUGCUCCCUUUCCUAUGGUGUGGAGUCAGAUCUCCUGGGUUUCUUUGCGUUGGCAUGUGGUAUUUAACUGCUGUAUAUGAAUAAUACCACAUCCACGGUGUGACAGAGGAAACCCUUAUCAAGAGCUGGGCUCUGAAUCUCCUCCCUGCACUGUUGGGAUCAAAUGGGUGCUCCUGACUCAGCCUUGCUGAGCUACUGUGCCAUGGUGGUGUGUGUGGGGCAAGGAUGCAUCUUGGCCAUGGUGUGAUGGGGAGGGACAAUGGCUUUGGCCACAGCUGGGGAGCAGAUCCUCUCAGGAUGAGGCCGUGUGAUGCCGUGUCUGUCUUGCUGCUGCAGUGGAGCAAUUGCCAUGGCCUGGGCAGAGCAGGGAAGAGUUUUAUGCUGCUGCCAGGAGGGAAAGCUGUGUCUCCCAGCUGGCUGCACUGGGCAGCUGCUGGGGGAUGGCUGUGGCAGUGUGGUGAGUGCCCAUUCCAGGAAUGGGGCUGACAGGGCUGCAGCAAGAGGAGCAAGGCACAGGGAGAAUUUGCAGAGCAGAGGGGAGGGAACAUGGGUCCUUAUGUGCUGCGCUUUAUCCUGAACAGGGUCCCUGCUGCCUUUUGGGGAGACAGGACAGGAGUAUCUGGCAGAAGGCACAAAGCAGUGUCACAGGGGAGGGGAAUGGCUGAGGAAUGCCAGAACAGGAGGGAGGGUGGUGGGAGGCUUUGCUGCAUCUGUGGUGAGGUGUGCUGUUGUGGAGAGAGCCCAGGAAGGUAUUUCCAGACAGUUUCCCUUUGGCUGCACAGCCCCUACCCCUGCACUGUUGGAGGCUUCCCAUGCCAGAUGCAGUGUGUCAGCGAGCCCCAGCAAGCCACCAGCCACCUCUGUGCGGCAGUGGAGCGCUCUGGAGUGGUCGAGGUGCUGCAGUCCUGCUCAGGCAGUGGGGCACUAAGGGGAGAGGGCCAUGAUGUGCCAGCUUCUGGGCCAAGCCCAGCAGAGGGGCUUUGCUGCAGGCUGUGUGCUCAGUGCCAAGGGAAAACAGGCCAGUUCUUGCUGUGUUCCCUCCCAGGGAGGCUGCAGAUCUGAACAGCUCUGUUUUGUGGUGCAGAGGGACACACAAAUCAGUGAUUGGUUUCAAGCAGUGGUCAAGAAAGCCAAAGUUGUGAAACGCCCAAAUGUUUCUAGUGGGUGAAAUUGGGCUGUCUUGCUCUGUGCACGAGUUACUGACCCCUGCUCUGGGUUUAUCACACUGCACCUCCUCUCCUAGUCCUGCUGUGCCAGCUCUGCACAGCUGCCUGAGACCCAUGGCCUGCGUUUGUACACUGAUCUCAGAUUUGCUGCUCUCGCCCCAUGAGCACAGGCCAUUGUCAUUGCUGGGAGAGAGGAGUGUGCAUGGUCUGAGGCUGAGGAGAAAACCUGCCCUUUCUCAGAGAAGAAUCCUCAUUGUUCCACAGCCCUGUUCCUUUCCUUCCUAAAUAGCAAAUUACUCAGAAGCACUUCUGUUACCCUUGAUCUAACAUUACAGAUCAAAAUUUCCCCUUUUACUGUAAUUCCUGUGUAUGCAGUAGAAAGUGAAGAGGGAAUUUUUGCUACCUUGAAUGCUGGGAGAAGUGAUAACUUGCAGAAUGUUGUAAACACUUGGCAUUGUAUCUUCAUAGUGAUGGUAGUGGCUCUGUAGAAAUUUCAAUUUCUACUUUCUGUGUGGUUGUAGACUGAUGUUGUGUUUUGGCAACGAAUGACUCAAAAGACGUUUAACCUUAUAAAACAAGAUUUAAUUUUUGGAAUAAUAAUUAGUGCUAACUGGAUGACUCAGUGUCACCUACAUGAGAUAAGCAUAAGGCUCUUUUUGAUGAUUGUAAAUUAAUGUAAAAUGUUUCAGACUGUUACUCUUGAUAAGAGAAAUAAAUAAGUGAACAUUUAGCUGCA